GACGGCAGAGAUGCGAUGGCGGACUCACUGCCCCUGGAGAUGCUCACAUAUAUCCUGAGCUUCCUACCUCUGUCAGAUCAGAAAGAGGCCUCCCUCGUGAAUCGGGCUUGGUACUGUGCAGCCCAGAAUGCCCUUCGGGAGACAAAUGUGCGGUACAACAUUCCUGUGUCCUCUGCCUCACUCUCAGCAAUCAAGAGCUUGGGCCUCAGGGGCAUCUCAUGCAUCAGCUUGACCAACCUGGAUGGCUCACCAGCUUCGCACCAGGUACUGCAGUCUGUUGCUUACCACUUAGGCCCACACCUGGAGAGUUUAUGCCUGGGAGGGGGCAGCCCCACAGAGGCAUCCUUCUUGGCCUUGAUCCUGGGAUGCCCAGCCCUGCGCACCCUUGACCUCAGUGGCUGCAACAGUCUCUUCACAUCAGGCACUCUGCUGGCUCAGCCCAAGACAGCACGGUGUGUUCGGAAGGCAUUGAGUGGCCUUCGUGAUCUUAACCUGGCUAGCCUGCGUAACCUGACUGACCUUAGCUUCAACCAUCUCAGCGGUUGUUUCCCCAGCCUGGAGCGCCUCUCCUUGGCCUACUGCCAUCUUACCUUUGAGUUAGGCCCAACCUGGGGCUCCAUUAGCCCCCAGGCGUCCUCUCCCUCCCAGCUUUCCUUCCACAACCUGCUCCAGUUUGUCAAAGAGCGAGCUGGUAGGCUGCGUGCCCUAGACCUCAGUGGUACUGGCUUGCCACCUGAGGCCCUACAAGCCCUGGGCCAAGUGACUGGACUGCACCUGGAGGAACUGAGCUUGCAUAGCUGUAGAGACCUCUCCUCAGAGGCCGUGGCCACUCUGUGCCGCCAGCAGCCCGGCCUUACUUCCCUGGACCUCAGUGGUUGCUCAGAACUGACUGACGGGGCACUCUUGGCUGUGAGUCGAGGCCUGCGACACCUGCGGCACUUGAGUCUGCGGAAACUGCAGCGACUGACUGAUGCAGGUUGUACAGCCCUGGGAGCCCUGCACAAACUGCAGAGCCUGGACAUGGCUGAGUGUUGUCUGGUGAGCGGGCGGGAACUGGCGAAGGUCUUAGGCUCAGUUCACAGAGCUCCACCGGCACUGACUUCCCUCAGGCUGGCUUACUGCUCUUCACUGAAGGAUGCCUCAGUGCUUUCCAUGAUCCCAGCAUUGGGCCCAAGCCUCAAGGUGCUAGACUUGUCCUCCUGUGUGGCCCUCACUAACCAGACCAUGCAGGCCAUCUGUACCUACCUCAUUCACCUGUCAGUCCUGCGCCUGGCUUGGUGCAAGGAGCUCCAGGACUGGGGGCUUCUGGGGCUGAAGGAGCCAAGUGAGAAGCCUGGGCUAAGUUCCCAGCUACACCAAGAGGUGAAAAAUCAGGCCCCAGACCCUCAGGAGCCUAAUUCUGACCCACGAGGCCCCUCCCUGCUCAUGCUUCAGGCCCUGCAGGAGUUGGAUCUCACAGCCUGCUGCAAGCUGACAGAUGCCAGUUUAGCCAAGGUGCUCCAGUUCCCUCAGCUGAGGCAGUUGGCAUUGAGCCUGCUGCCAGCACUCACAGACACGGGUUUGGUGGCUGUGGCUAGGGGCUGUCCCAGCCUGGAGCGCUUGGCAUUGAGUCAUUGCAGCCAUCUCAGUGAUGAGGGAUGGGCUCAGGCAGCCAGGUUCUGGCCAAGGCUGCAACACCUCAACCUGUCCAGCUGCAGUCAGCUCACAGAGCAAACUCUGGAUACCAUUGGGCAGGCAUGCAAGCAGCUUCGAGUGUUGGAUGUGGCCAUGUGUCCUGGCAUCAACAUGGCAGCUGUCAGGCACUUCCAAGCGCAGCUCCCUCAGGUGACCUGCAUCCAGUCUCGCUUCGUGGGAGGGGCUGACCUGACCCUAACACUCUGAAGCCAGGUCAGUUACUAUCCCUGAAGCUCGUCCUCCUUCACCAGCAUAGCCCCAGCCCAGGCCUCCAGACCUGUGUUAGCCCUAGGGCCUCCUGCCUUCCCCUGCUCUAGAACCUUUCCUAAGACUCAGGACGGGACCAAUCCAGGACCCCACAGAUGGCAGUAACCUCUUUUCGGCUGCACGUUGCUUCCAUGGGCUCUGUUCUAAAGGUCAGGGCCACAGGUGCUGGGCCUGGUGCUGGGGAAGGGCAAACUCUGUGCCUCCUGCCAGCCUACCACUCAGACCUGUUUUGUCUGCUCUCCAGGGGUCUCUUCCAACCCUCCUGAGCUUUAGCAGUCAAUCUGCCAACUUCAUUGUAAAUCCAAACAAGAUUAAA